GAUAGCCAGUUUGGGAGCGAGCCUCAGGUCAACCAAUCAAUGCCUCAGACACAUAAGCAAAUAUGCAUCCCCCCGGAGCUGCCGGAAUUGCUGAAGCAAUUUACCAAAGCCGCCAUUCGGACCCAGCCGCAAGAUCUCAUCCAGUGGGCCGCCGAUUAUUUUGGGGCUCUGUCCCAUGGAGAGACUCCUCCAGUGAGAGAGCCGUCUGAGAGAGUGACUUUGUCUUACUGGGCUGAGCUUACACCGGACCUGUUAAAGAUCCUGCAUUCUCGGGUUGCUGGCAGACUGAUCGUCCAUGCAGAUGAGCUGGCCCAGAUGUGGAAGGUGCUGAAUCUCCCACCCGACCUGUUUAAUAGUGUGAUGAAUGUGGGCCGCUUCAUGGAGGAGAUCGAGUGGCUGAAGUUUCUCGCCCUUUCUUGCAGCUCUCUUGGAGUUACCAUUGCCAAAACUCUCAAGAUAGUGUGUGAAGUGCUAUCAUCUGACCACGAUGGUGGCCCUCCCCGGAUCCCUUUCAGCACCUUCCAGUUUCUCUACACGUAUAUCGCUGAAGUGGAUGGGGAGAUCUCUGCAUCACACGUCAGUCGAAUGCUCAACUACAUUGAACGUGAAGUUAUUGGUCCUGAUGGUUUAAUCAAGGUGAGUGACUUUACCCAAAACCCCAGGGUUCGGCUGGAAUAA